GUCCCCGGCAUGAAGGCCUUGGAGGAUGGACACGAUGUCGUUCAAGAAGGAGACGCCACUUGCAAAUGCGGCAUUUUGGGCUGCAAGGAAAGGAAACCUGGCUCUUCUUCAGCUACUGCUGAACAGUGGACGUGUAGACAUAGACUGCAAAGACAGUCUUGGUACAACAGCACUUAUGGUAGCAUCAUACUAUGGCCACAAAGAGUGCGUCCGAGAACUGGUGCUGCAAGGAGCUGACAUCAAUCUUCAGAGGGAGUCUGGUGCCACUGCCCUAUUCUUCGCUGCCCAACAAGGUCACGAUGAUGUUGUGAAGUUUCUGUUCGAGUAUGGAGCCUCCACAGAGUUUAAAACCCAAGACGGAGGCACUGCACUGCUAGCUGCUUGUCAGUACGGGCAUAGGAAAGUGGCGGAGACCUUGCUGAAGCAUGGUGCCAACAUUCAUGAUCAGCUUUACGAUGGAGCAACUAGCGUGUUCCUGGCUGCCCAAGGUGGCUACCUGGAUUUAAUUCGGUUAUUACUGGGUUCAGGAGCAAAGGUCAACCAGCCAAGGCAGGAUGGGACAGCUCCAUUGUGGAUUGCUUCUCAGAUGGGUCACAGCGAGGUAGUGAGAGUAAUGCUGCUCCGCGGAGCAGACCGAGAUGCUGCGAGGGAAGAUGGCACAACAGCUUUGUUUAAAGCAGCAAACAAAGGCUAUAGUAGUGUUAUAGAAGAAUUGCUUAAAUUUUCCCCUGCACUGGGUUUAUUGAAGAAUGGAACCUCAGCUCUCCAUGCAGCCGUUCUUGGUGGCAACUUAAGAGCAGUAGCACUACUCUUGGAAGCAGGAGCAGAUCCCUUCCUUAAGAACAAGAAAAACGAACUGCCUUCAGAUCUGACGAAAAACGAGCGCAUCCUACAGCUCCUGCAGCCCCGAGGAAAGCACAGAAAGAGCUAACGCAAGUUC